GGAACUAUUACCUCUGCGAUGGUGGCUACACAAAUGGUCUGGGUUUCUUGGCUCCGUAUAGGGGUGUGCGGUAUCAUUUGGAUGAGUUUGGUGAAGGUAACCGAGUGCCUACAAACCAUAAAGAAUUGUUUAACUUAAGACAUGCCAGAGCGCGAAAUAUAAUUGAGCGAGCUUUUGGAGUAUUGAAGAUGCGUUGGGCUGUCCUUAAGAGCAAGACUUAUUUCGACAUACGCACUCAAAAUAAAAUUAUUCUUUCCUGUUUUCUCCUUCAAAAUUUCAUCCGGGCUACCAUGCAUGUAGACCCAAUGGAAAAUGAGGGUGAUAAUAUGAUGAAUCGACAGAGAAACUCUGAAGCCCAUGACCCCUUUGACUAUGUAGACGUUGUUGAUCCAACGACCGAAUGGACAAAUAUGCGGGAUGCUUUGGCUAUUUCAAUCGGGGGACGCAAUUCACAGGCCGCCGGACAACGUCGAGUUUGGAAUGAAGAUGAGGACCGUGCUUUGAUUAUAGGUUUGCGCGAUCUUGUUGCCCGCGGCUGGAAAUGCGACAAUGGAUUUCGCAAUGGUUAUGCCAUCAUAUUAGAACAACACAUGCACCACAUAUUCCCGGGAACUACCAUAAGAGCGGAACCUCACAUAACAUCCAAGAUCUCGGUCUGGAAAAAAAAUUAUGGUUUGCUUUCGGAGAUGCUUGCUACUUCUGGCUUUGGAUGGACUGAAACAUGGAAUAUGAUUACUGUGCGGGAAGAGGAUGUUUGGAAAGACUACAUCAAGGCUCAUCCAAAGGUCAAAUCUAUGCGUUACAAACCAUGGCCCCUUUUUCUGGAUUGGGUGGAAAUUUUUGGAAAGGACCGCGCAACGGGAGAGGGGGCAGUAGGUUUUACUGAUGCGGUUAAUGAUGUCUUACAUGAUACGAAUGUCGAAGUACCGAGCCCAAAUCCCACUCAACACACAGGGCCGAAACACUUUGAUUAUCCUCAAAAUAACUUUGACUCUUUUUCGGCUCAAGCAGGUGAAAGUAGUGCAUCCGGUAAGUCUAAGCGUUAUGGAAAAAGAAAGCGUAAUGUUGAGGUGGAAGACAAAAUAAUCGGGCUACUGUCCUCCGUUUGCCAGAAGACGAACAACCAUCUUUCAGAACUUUCCACACGUGUCGGUCAACAGGUUGAUGCAAAAGUGCAACGAAUUGCCGUUUACGAUGCACGAAAAAAAAUUCCUAACUUAACAAUGGAUGAAAGGGUCAUUAUUGCUCGGUACGUAUCCAAAAAUGUUGACGAGAUGGAACUAUUUUUAGCCUUGACGAUGAUGGAAGAAGCUCAAUGGUGUACCGGAUUUUGA